ACUUUAUGGGCGGGGGCUCAUUAGCCAUUUCCUAAUGAAGAGUAAACUGGAGUGUUUGACAGACAGAAGCUUCCAGCGACAGGAGUCUGUUUGAGGAAACGAAUGCGACCUACCUGCCUGUCAGUGUGUGACUCUGUGAGAGAAUUUGUAUUUUGAGCUUUGCAGCCACAGCCACUGCUACAACUAUCACACCCAGGGCUCCUGUCGAUCAAUACGAAUUGCCAUCGAAAACAAGAUACAUUUCGUUGUGGUGCCUGACUGAAGAUGUUUUCAAUAUUGCUGUUUUAAUUUACUGCAUGUUUGUUUUUGUUUUUUCACAUAUGCAGAAAGAGAGAAAGCCAUUGUCACAGGAAGGUGGUUUUCUUGCAACAGCAUCUUGUAUUUGCAACUAAAAGGACGACAAUUUUUUUUUUACAGUAGUACUGCUUUUUGGAAAUGAAACAUAACGUUUUUUGUUCAUUGUGCAUUUUCCCUUUGGCGGUGUGUUAAACUAUGUGGAGUCUUAAAACUUAACAAGAAAGCGGCGAGUCGAGGUGUCCAGCAACAUGAAUUAAGAACCCUAGCAAACAUCGACAACAUGGUUUGAUUGUGUGAAUAGAUUGUAUAAUGUUGUUUUUUUUCCUGCGAAGAUUUAAACACCACUGUCACAGUUGUCAUAUCAGGCUGGUAUGUGCAACGCAGCUUCCCAUUUUUGCAUUCGAUUGGAUACUGUAAUUUUUUUUUUUUUAAUUUUAGAUUUCUCUUUUUUUUUUUUUUUUUUUUUUAAUAUUUCCGACACCAGCAGCGUUUAAUCUUAAAGAGAGUAGCAAGUCAUCACCGGGUUAUUAUUAUUUUUUUGAUUAGCUGGCCGGGUCACAAUGACAAUUUAUGCAGUCAGGUUUGUGUAAAAUCCUCUUAACAUGGAAUUACCAUUAGUGGUAAUGGCAUAUUAAAGUCUGGCUACAGUACAUCAGCCAAUUCACUCUUUUAUCAGAAUAUUUUGCAUUUUUUGUUAUAAUCUCCCCCCCCCCCCCCCCCCCCCCCCCCCCAAAAAAAAAAAAAUCAAAAAACAACAAACAACAAAAAACAAAAAAACCAACAAUACAGAAAUUAUCGAAUCACAGAAAUAAGCUGUAUUCUUAUGGCGGAGUUUCGGAAGGAGAACGGCGGCGUGGCUUCCUCACAGAUCCCGGGGCAGGCGCCUCUCAACCCCGGCGAUGAAGCUGACAGAAACGCACAGUGUGGAGACUCGGUUUCAAACGGAGACUGUGGCGUGGGAGACAUGCUUGAUGAAUCGGGAUCUCCAUCGACCCCCAGCAGCCCUGGGAUAGACAUCGCUAACAAUACAACAGCCGGACUGGAGGGCAAACCUGGCAUCCCCCGUAGGAGCAGCAUCAUUAAGGAUGGCUCACGACAGCGACGAGAGAGAAAAAAGACAGUUUCCUUCAGCAGCAUGCCCACUGAGAAGAAGAUCAGCAGUGCUAGUGAUUGUAUCAAUGCCAUGGUGGAGGGCUCGGAACUCAAAAAGGUCCGCUCUAAUUCCAGGGUGUACCAUAGGUAUUUUUUAUUAGACGCAGACAUGCAGUCGUUGAGGUGGGAGCCGUCAAAAAAAGAGUCUGAAAAAGCAAAGAUUGAUAUAAAAUCUGUUAAAGAGGUGCGGACAGGAAAGAAUACUGAUAUUUUUCGCACCAAUGGAGUUUAUGAUCAGAUAUCGGAAGACUGUGCAUUUUCAAUCAUAUACGGAGAAAACUAUGAAUCGCUGGACUUGGUAGCCAACUCUGCAGACGUGGCGAACAUUUGGAUGACAGGGCUGAGAUACCUGAUCUCUUAUGGGAAACAAACUCUGGACAUUAUCGAGAGCAGUCAAAACAACAUGCGGACUUCAUGGCUGUCCGACCUCUUUUCAGAGACGGAUGUUAAAGGUGCUGAGCAAAUUGCUUUAGGAACAGCUGUUCAACUGAUCAAAACCUUAAACCCAGGCUUGAAGAAUGUCAAGAUAGAGCUCAAGUUCAAAGAACUUCACAAAGCAAAAGACAACAUUGUCACGAAGGAGGAGUUCAUUGAAGUUUUUCACGAACUUUGCACCAGACCAGAGAUCUACUUUCUUUUGGUUCAGUUCUCAAGCAAUAAGGAGUUUCUGGAUGCCAAGGACCUCAUGAUGUUUCUGGAGGCAGAGCAGGGAGUGGCUCACGUCAACGAGGAUACCAGCCUGGAAAUUAUUCAAAAAUACGAGCCGUCAAAAAAAGGCCAGGAGAAGGGCUGGCUGUCUUUAGAUGGCUUUACCAAAUACCUCAUGUCCCACGAGUGCCAUAUAUUCGACCCUGAACAUAAGAAUGUGUGCCAGGACAUGCAUCAGCCCCUGUCCCACUAUUACCUGAAUGCAUCUCACAAUACCUACUUGAUAGAAGACCAGUUCCGGGGCCCUUCUGACAUCACAGGAUACAUACGUGCCCUCAAAAUGGGUUGCCGAAGUGUUGAGAUGGACGUCUGGGACGGUCCAGACAAUGAGCCAGUAGUAUACACGGGGCAUACCAUGAUGUCACAGAUAGUCUUCCGUAGUGUCAUUGACAUUAUCAACAAAUAUGCCUUUGUGGCGUCCGAAUACCCCUUGAUAAUCUGUUUGGAAAACCACUGUUCCAUCAAACAGCAGAAGGUCAUUUUUCAACACUUGAAAAAGAUCCUGAGGGAUAAACUCUACACCGAGUUGCCUAAUGCAGAGGAAAGCUAUCUCCCAUCUCCUUAUGUUUUAAAAGGUAAAAUCCUACUGAAAGCAAAAAAGCUUGCAGCUAACUGCACCAGCCCAGAGGGAGACGUGACCGACGAAGAUGAGGGGGCAGAGAUGUCUCAGAGGGUAGGUAAUGAAGCAGGGGAGCAACCAAAUGUGGUUACCCAGAAGAAAUUUCUGCUGUCCAAAGACCUUUCUGACAUGGUUAGCCUCUGUAAGUCAGUCACGUUCAAAGACUUCCAGCUGUCUUUCCAGAAUCAGAAAUACUGGGAAACCUGCUCUUUCAACGAAGUGCUUGCAACCAGCUAUGCCAACGAACACCCGGGCGAUUUUGUCAACUACAACAAAAAGUUUCUUGCAAGGGUCUAUCCAAGUCCCAUGAGAAUAGAUUCUAGUAACAUGAACCCCCAGGAUUUCUGGAAGUGUGGUUGUCAGAUAGUGGCUAUGAAUUUUCAGACCCCAGGCUUGAUGAUGGACCUUAAUAUCGGCUGGUUCCGCCAAAAUGGCAACUGUGGCUACGUACUCCGGCCCGCCAUCAUGAGAGAAGAGGUGUCUUAUUUCAGUGCCAACACUAAAGAUUCGGUUCCUGGUGUCUCCCCUCAGCUCCUUCACAUUAAGAUCAUCAGUGGGCAGAACUUUCCCAAGCCCAAAGGUUCAGGGUCCAAGGGAGAUGUGGUGGAUCCUUAUGUUUACGUGGAGAUCCAUGGGAUACCAGCGGACUGUGCUGAGCAAAGGACAAAAACCGUCAAUCAGAAUGGAGACAAUCCCAUUUUCGAUGAGAGCUUUGAGUUUCAGAUCAACCUGCCGGAGUUGGCCAUGGUGCGCUUUGUAGUGCUGGAUGAUGAUUACAUUGGGGAUGAGUUUAUUGGACAGUAUACCAUUCCUUUCGAGUGCUUGCAGCCUGGCUUUCGCCACGUUCCCCUGCAGUCCCUAACAGGGGAGAUGUUGCCCCAUGCCUGGAUUUUUGUGCAUGUGGCCAUCACCAACCGCAGGGGAGGGGGCAAGCCACACAAAAGGGGACUCUCUGUGAGGAAGGGGAAGAAGUCCAGAGAGUAUGCCACCAUGAGGAUAUUGGGGAUUAAAGCAGUGGACGAGGUCUUCAAGAAUGCAUUGCAGCCGUUAAGAGAAGCCACAGAUCUCAGAGAGAACAUGCAGAAUGCGAUCGUGCCAUUUAAAGAGUUGUGUGGACUGUCGGCUGUGGCCAAUCUAAUGCAGUGUAUCCUGGCACUGUCAACGCGGCUCAUGAGUGGAGACAAUGCUCCCUAUGUGCUAUUCAACCUCACGGGCCAGUUUCCCACCAUGGAGCCUCAAGGGUUGAUCCCAGAGAUGCUGAAGAAGAGUGUGACUGCGUAUGACGCUAUGAUUCAGACCAGCAGGACUCUGAUUGAAAAUGCUGAUGGGGUAUAUGAAAAGAUAAUGCAGUGCCAGAAAGCAGCCAUGGAAUUCCAUGAGAAUCUGCAACUUGUAGCAGCGAAAGAGGGUCUGAAAGGAAGGAAACUACAAAAGGCUGUGGAGAGUUUUACCUGGAACAUCACUAUUCUGAAGGGGCAGGCAGAUCUACUUAAACAUGCUAAAAACGAGGUCCUGGAAAACCUGAAGCAGAUCCACUAUGCCGCCCUGACCUGUGACCUGAGUAAGAUUAGCAUCGGCUCUGCAGAGUCAUCCAAGCCAAGGCGCAGUCUAGGAGCCAUUCCUGAAAAAAUCACUGGAGAUGAUGAGCCGGCGGAUGGGGACCAUUAAGGACCAGCUUUAUUACUGGAGCUGAUCAGGAAAACUUAACAAUAAAAGCUGAAAAUGCACUUAAACACUUCCAACAGGGGUCCCCGAGUGGCUCACCUGGUAGAGGCACAGCAGCAUGGUGCGCAGGGUGAGUCAUAGACUGUUUCUCGUCAUCGUACUAUGCCCUGUGAGCUCAAAGGCGGACACCUGCAGGGCUGGCCUUUGUCCUCCAGAGGUCGAUAGCUCGCUGACAUCCGCUCUCGAGUUCCUGGGUGAAAAAGGAAGCUGGCUUGGUCAUGGGAUCGGAGGACGCCCACUGAACCUUCGGGUCUCCUGAGCCAUGUGAUGAAUUGCUGCGGUGAUGGGAAAAGAAAUUGGGCCUCCAAAUUGGGAGAAAAUCGGGGGGGAAAUAAUAAUUGGACAAACUAAAUUUAUAAGAAAAUGUUAUAAAAAUAAGACAGUUGCCCAGAAUGUGUUUUUUUUUUUUGAAUCCUAAAGCAUAAUAUGGUGUUGACCAAUCUUUUAAAAAAAAUCUGGAGCGAUGAAUGUAGCAGGAUGCAGUGUACAAAAUCUGUUUAUGGACAUGGACUACUCGAUGUUCUGUCUGCCAAAAUGUGUGUGUGUGUAAGGAGUGCUAACUUCACCAGUUCAUGUGAGUAAGUUUUUUUAUUUGUUUAUUUCAGGUUUAGUGAGAAAAGCUGCUUUUUAAAAGAAUAUAUAAUAAUAAGAAUAGGAAUUUUAACGAUGUCCCAUUUGUCUAAGUAUAUAUAAAUAGAUAUGUAUGAUGUGUAAGACAAACCCAGAGCUGUUACCAACAACGCCAGGUACAGCCAUUUUUUCAUUGUUUGUCUGUGGUAUACCUUGUUGAGCCUUUACAAAAAAAAAAAAAGUACCUUAAC